AUGAUAACGACAACUCCCACAAGAAUACCUGCGCCGGUGAGUGCCUCGAUUUCGAAGAGGAGAAUGCUAGUAAGGACUCCCAAAAGAGGUUUGGGAACAGGCAAUAUGACACCACGGACACCCAGAACACCAAGAUUGGCUGAAGAGGAGAUUAGACCGAGACUGGUAAUCGAAAAGUUGACGUUAACGAAUUUCAAAAGUUUUUACGGUACCAUAACUAUUGGACCUUUGCAUAAAUCAUUGUCAGCUGUAGUAGGACCAAAUGGAUCGGGAAAGUCUAAUGUGGUUGACUCGCUGCUAUUCGUAUUUGGAUAUCGCGCUUCCAAAAUGCGACAAGCAAAAGUGUCCGAUCUCAUCCACUCUUCGCACGGACACGAAGAACUGGACAGUUGUUCAGUAGAAGUGCACUUUCGGGAGAUACUCGAGCAGGCAAUUUUUUUAAUUGACAUUUCCCCAAUCUCGCAGCCAAGCUCAGAUGACUUUGAAUCAAUUCCAAAUUCGGAACUAAUUAUCUCGCGACAUGCAUUUAAAAACAACACAAGUAAAUAUUACAUCAACGGUCGUUUAAGCAAUCACACUGAACUAACUGCUCUGCUGAGAGAACGAGGAAUUGACUUGGAUCAUAAGAGAUUUCUUAUACUGCAGGGUGAAGUCGAGUCUAUAUCACUUAUGAAGCCAAAGGCAGCCAAUGAACAUGAAGAUGGAUUAUUAGAGUAUCUAGAGGAUAUUAUUGGAACUUCAAAGUAUAAAAUGCCUAUAGAAGAAGCUCUUCAGGAUAUCGAAAGCUUGACAGUAGAACGCGCCGAGAAGCUGAAUCGAUUAAAGCUAGUAGAAAAGGAAAAAGACGCGUUAGAGGAACAAAGAAAAGAAGCCGAGAAUUACCUUCGCGAGGAAAACUCGUUAAUAAUGAAGCAAUCUGUCUUUUACCAACGAGAAGUUUUGGAAUGCAAGAAUCGCGUCGAGAUUGCCACAGUUGCUGUCAAUGAACUGAAAAGUCAACUAGCCGCAGAACAAGAAAAAUAUGUCAACAUUAAGGAUGAUACUAAAGAAAUAGAAGAAAAGUAUAACCGCACCGCCAGAGAGUACGAGAAACUGGAAAAUAAAGUAAACGAAGUGUCGACCGAACUGGCAAGAUGCGAGACCGAAGACAUUCAAUUGCAAGAGAGAAAGCGUGAUACUAAUUCUCGAAUAAAGAAGAUUACUAAAACUCUGCAGAACGAUCGUAAAACUUUGGAGACAAAGCAAAACUCGAUACAUGAUUACGAAAAAGAGCUCAUACAACAGAAGAAAGAUAUCUCUCGACUUGAAAAGUCGCUUAAAGCUGAAGAAACUGAACUUGAAAAAAUAACGGAAAGCUUGAAAGGCAAAACGGAAGUCUAUUCUUCGCAGAUAGAACAGCAACAAAAAAAUCUUGCUCCGUGGAUUGAACAAAUCAAUAACAUACAAUCUCAGAUAGACGUCGCUCAAUCCGAAUAUGAUAUUAUCAAGAACAAGCAUGUAUCUAUGAAAUCUGCUCUUGAACAAGCCGAGCAAAAUGUGGUUGAACUCGAAGAAUCCCGAAAGGCUAAGGAAAAAGAAAUAAGAGCGCUAAGGACCGAGCGCGAGCAGAUUAAAAAAACCAUUCAAGUAUUGGACUCCAAAAUACGGGAAAAUGCGAUACAAUACACUAAAACAAAAUCAGCCCUUGCUGAAGCUAGACAAAAAGCUAAUGAAGCCAAAUCUACAUUCCAAUCAUCCCAAUCGCGCGGCACUGUCUUGACAAGUUUACUGAAUCUACGCAACAGCGGUCGUAUACGAGGCCUCCAUGAUCGACUGGGUAAUCUUGGCGUAAUUGACGAUAAAUACGAUGUAGCAAUAAGCACGGCGUGCUCAUCGCUUGAAUAUAUAGUAGUUGACACUGUCGAAUGUGGCCAAUCUUGCAUCGAAUAUCUUAGACGCCAGAAUCUCGGUCGCGCUCGUUUCUACAUCCUCGAGAAAAUUCCAUCACAAGAGAUGUCCCGUAUUCAAACACCAGAGAAUGUGCCACGUCUAUUCGACUUGGUGAAGCCCAAAGAUCCUCGGUUUGCUGGCGUUUUCUACAAGGCACUUGGAAACACUCUUGUUGCUAGAGAUCUCACUCAAGCGAAUAGAAUAGCAUUCGGCAAAACUCGUUAUCGCGUUGUUACCCUAGACGGUAGAUUGAUAGAAGCUUCUGGUGCUAUGUCAGGAGGAGGAUCGAAAGUGUCUAGAGGCGGAAUGAGUUCAAAGUUUGUUAGUGAUGUUACUCAAAAUGUUGUUGACAAAUUGACGAAAGAGCAAAAUAAAUGGGAGGAAAAGUGGCGCGAAGUGCAGGAAGAAAAGACAGAGUUGGAGAAAAUGAUCGAGGGAAAAAAUGAAGAGCUGCCGAAAUUGGAAAUGAAGCUUUCGAAAAUAGAUAUGGAUUUGGAUGCAUGCGGACAGGCUAUUGUGGAUGCGCAGAAGAAUGUCGCCGAAUUAAGGAAACAGAAAAAGCCAAAUGUCGAAGAUGGGCGUCGGAUGGCGCAAUUGCAGUCAACUAUCGAACAGUAUACAACCAAAGCCAAUCAAUUAAGGAAGCAGUCGGCAAAGAUUGAAGAUGUGAUUAAGACCUUACAAGGAAAAAUUCUUGAAAUCGGUGGUGACAAACUGAGAAAUCAAAAGACUAAAAUUGAUAAUAUUAAGGAGCGUAUUGAUACAGCGAAUAAUAACAUCACAACGGCACAAGUGGCAAAGACCAAGGCCGAAAAAGACAUCAUUAAACUUGAAGCUUCGAUUUCUAAAGCAGAGAAAGAGGCAGAGGCUUUAACUAAAGAGUUCGAAGAGCUGGACCGAGUUAUCGAGAAAAAUGCGCAAGACACUUCUAAAAUCGAAACUCAAGUUCAGGAGGCCAAAAAGGUAAUGAAAGCAAAAGAAGAAGAGCUAGCAACAAUGAAACGCGAGCUUGACGAAAAAACAGCUGUAAUCAACGAAAUUCGUGCAUCAGAGAUUGUGAUUAAGAACAAGUUGGAAGAUUUUGAAUCGGGCUUGGUUAACCUUAAUCGUCAAUUGAGACAUUGGCAAUCAAAACUGAAAGAAUUGUCGCUGCAUAAACUUCCAGGUGAAGAGCAUAUUGAACUGCAAAUUUUUACAGAUGAUGAACUCAUGGACUUUGAUAAGGAAGAAUUGCGAAAAGACAUUGACGCACUCGAAGAGAAAAUACAAAGUGCCAACCCCAAUUUGUCUGUUCUGGAAGAAUAUCGUCAGCGUGAAGAAGAAUACGCCAUGCGAGCUAAAGAUUUGGAAGAAGCAAGCGCGAGAAGUGAUGCCGCCAAGAAGAAAUAUGAAGAACUACGAGAUUUGCGAUUUGAUGAAUUCAUGAAAGGAUUUACUUGCAUUUCGCAAAAAUUGAAGGAAAUGUAUCAGAUGAUUACACUUGGUGGCAAUGCCGAGUUGGAAUUGGUAGACAGUCUAGAUCCAUUUUCUGAAGGCAUUGUAUUCAGCGUUAUGCCACCAAAGAAAAGUUGGAAAAAUAUAUCAAAUCUAUCUGGCGGUGAGAAGACUUUAAGCUCCUUAGCAUUGGUUUUUGCACUUCACCAUUUCAAACCCACGCCUAUAUAUGUAAUGGAUGAGAUUGAUGCAGCAUUAGACUUUAGAAAUGUCUCUAUUGUGGCCAACUACAUUAAAGAGCGCACAAGGAAUGCGCAAUUUAUUAUUAUUAGUCUACGAAAUAACAUGUUUGAGCUGGCUGAUCGAUUAGUGGGGAUCUACAAGACUGAGGAUAAGACCAAGUCCAUAACGGUAUCCCCGGCUGUGUUGGCGACAUAA